CUUCGACAGCGGCAACGACAACAUGGACUCUAUCAUCGAAGUACAGCGCCAGAACCACGAAGAGAUUGAACGUUUCGAGAGGGCUCUUUAUACCAUUCUCUCUCGUCCACAGAAUGUCCACCAGACGCGUCUUCAAAAUGAACACAAGGCCGCACAAAUCCUCGACCGAAUCUCUUCGCGCGUCGUCACCUUGAACAAUCAUUAUCAGGACGAAGAUGUUCGGAAGGCAGAGAUUGAUGCCCUCUCUGCGCCAAACCGGCAAAAUGAUCUAUCAGAAUUUUACUCGAGGUUGGGUAAAAUUCAGGAGCACCACAACAAGUAUCCUGAUGCUGGUGCAGAUGGAUUCGAACUCGAGCUGGCCGCGUUUCUCGACGAAGUUUCUCCCGAAGAUAUGGAUGAAGACUAUGUCGAAGAAGAUCCGAUCGCCAUGCUGUUCUCCGGCGAGGAGACAUACGGAAAAUAUCUCGAUCUGUACACAAAUCAUACCACGUACAACAAUCUCAAAAGGAUCGACAAGCGGUUAGGAUAUCUUCAGUAUCUCGACGUUCUGAUGUUGGCUGAAUCUGGCCCUGUGCACCGCGAGCUCUCGAAGGAGACCAGAUUGACGAAGGACUACGAGUCGUAUAUUCACUCAUUGCACACUUACCUGACGUCUUUCAUGCGUCGGACGCAGCCGCUUGUAGAUACUGAAUCAGAUUUGAAAGAUACGGCGGCUGAGUUUGACAAAAAGUGGGAGGCGGGAGAGAUUGAGGGCUGGUCGGAAAUUAGUCCAAGAAAUGCUCAGGCUAAUGGAAAUGGUAGCUCAGAGGGCAUCUGGUGUACUGCGUGCCAGAAGAUGUACUCAAAGCAGACGGUCUAUGACGCUCACUUGUCUUCCAAGAAACACAUCAAGGCGACUGCCAAGCAAGCUACAAACGAACCGCCGCCCACCAAUCCUAACGGCCCUCCAUCUUCCUCGAUGCCACCCCCUUCUGCUACCAACCGGGAUAAGCACAUCAUUGCUGCCCGCUUAACAUACCUUACUACUUCUCUUCUCUCUCAACUCGUUCCCAUCCUCAACGACACAAAAUCGAACGUUGAGCGGCGCUUCUCACUGACUGCUCGUGAGCGCGAACAGGAGCUAUUGGAACAGUCACAACCGCAGCCUCCGGCAAACACCAACAAGGAUGGCGAACCAGUGGAAGAAGAGGAGGAAGAGGAGCGGAUAUACAACCCUCUGAAACUGCCAUUGGGCUGGGACGGCAAGCCCAUCCCGUAUUGGCUGUACAAGCUCCAUGGUCUCGGGGUUGAGUAUCGAUGUGAGAUCUGCUCAGACCACAUUUACAUGGGCAGGAAAAACUUUGAUCGACACUUCCAGGAAUCCAGACAUGCGUUCGGCAUGCGUGCUCUGGGACUGCCCAACACAAAACACUUCCACGAGAUCACGCGUAUCGAAGACGCUCUAUCUCUCGCGGAGAAAUUGAAACAAGAAGGGCGGCACGAGAUUUUUGAGCAGGAGACGAUGGAGGAGCUCGAAGACGAGGAGGGUAACGUGUACAAUCGCAAGACGUAUGAAGACUUGAAGAAGCAGGGACUUAUUUAGUGCUCUGUCGAAUCAUUUGUCUUGCGGAUCUUUAUCUAUGUUUCUUGUACGAUGGAUUGGCUGCCAUGGCUUGUCAGAUCAUAUGGUUGUUCAAUCAGCGAUUAUAGAGCUGUUCCAUCAGGUGAAUGCAAGUCUAAAGCUUCACAUAUCAGCUACCAGACUUUGAUCUAGGUGGGGGAGGAGGCGGUUUUCGUGCAGUGGUGUUAGAGGGCACUGGGAUCAUGGGAUUUGGCAACGAAAGGGCGUGGUUGAAUAACUCCUCGUCCGAGGACGACGGGGAUGCCGAAAGUGGCGAGUCGUACGGUGAUUCGUCAAAUGGAUUGUUGGACCCACUGUGACUCGCGACUGUGUCGGAAACGGGAACCACGCCAUUUGGAUGAUCUAGUGUAUCCCACCAUGCCUGAUCCUCGGAGCUAGGCAGGGGAAGUUCAUCGGUGCCGGCAGAAAACGAAAGCCCUGCUAGUUUCUCUUCUAGCAUUUCUCCAGGAGCCGUUGACGUGACAGUUUCCAAAAGGAGGCGAGAGAGGGCGGCACGUUUGGCGGUGUUGAUGACAUGCACCGUAGCCUUGAAAACAGCGUAUACAGGUCUGUGAUCAGACCCUCGGAGUUCUGCUCUAGAGUAGAUUGAUAGGUCUAGCCUCUCGCCCUUGAACAAGACCCGAUCGGUCCACGCAGGUAUGCGCAUCUUCUCACUUGUGUCAUAAUUGUCAGUGCCUACAUCGUAUUUGUAUGUGGGUUUGAACAGAAUAGGGCCUUCUUCAUAACCCCCAAAGGCUGAACGAUCAUCCAAGACUUGUUUAAGCUGAUCGGCCGCAAGUAGGAUGUCAAGCCUGCCUUGCUCUGCUAAAGAACGAGCCACAGUAUUCUCGAGAUCGACACGAUAAUUUGUGUCUGCUAACCAAAUGACAUUAUCGUGACUGUCAAUAUUUUUCCCUCGCAGGAAGUGCAGCUCGUUAACUAUAGUCCGGUAGUCGGCAUUUCGUUCCUCUACAUUAGAAUGGCCUGCGGCGAGAUGAGCAGUCAGGAAGCAGAAGCUUGUGUCAUGAUAUUCAAGACGGAUUCCGACAGCCCCUUUGUUUCCCGACAUCCCGCGAAGCCCUGUCUUGCGGGUGGUCGCCUCAACGCUGCGGAUUACAGCGGUCAGUUCUGCUUUAACAACAACAACCAAAGCUGUCCCAACAAGCUGGUCACUUCUCAGCAGAACAUAAUCGCAUUUCUUAUUGGGUCGCCGAUCGAGAGUAUCAAGAAUUCGUGCUUCCCACAUUCGCUUCUUUUCAGGGUCAGUUUGCACAAUCUGCUGUGCAGUCAAAGGGACGAUCUCUUGGAAGCCUAAUACAAACAUGUCUGGAUCGGGGACGUCUGUAUGAGGAAAUAGCCAUGGGAGUAAAGAUUCCGAUGGGGGUCUGCCAUUCAGAUUCCAGGUACCAACGAACACGGUGCACUGCUUCGUUGAAGAGUAUUCGGUAAGGCGUUGUUCCAAAGCAGCACGCACUGAGUCGUGGAUGGGAUCGAAGACAGUGACUUGCCUUUGAUGGCUGAGGUUACCCAGGAACAUAUCUAUGGCCACCUGUUUCCCCUUAUCUUGGAAGUUAUUGAUAUAUGCUCUGGACACACUCUUCGUGGCGUCCGACAAGACGCCCGCAAGAGUACGUUUCCCGCUACGUGUAAAGCUCGUGUUGAGCGCACCGGUACCGGCGUAUAUCCGGGAAAGUGCAUCGC